UUCCGCUGAAUGUCCGCUCCUGACACCGAGGAGAAACGGGAUUAGCGACAAACAGCCCGGGACGACGUCUGCCUCCGAGUUUGUCGGCCGCCGGGUUUCUCAGCUCGCCCCGGACAGAGGCUAGCCUUCACUAUUCACAACACUUCGGGGAUUUAGGGAUGAACUAAGGAGGAUGAAUGUAAACCAGCACACUCCAAUGGCCUCUCCGUACGGCCAGCCCCAGCCUGGCUACAACCAUCCUGGCUACGCUCCCCUGGAUGGGGGAUAUCCUGCCCCGUACGCACCCUACAACGGCCCUGCUUCAGCCUACCAGCCUGGGGCUCAACCACAAGAUUAUUCUCCUUUCACAAGCUUUCCCUCUAAGGCUGUGGCAGCCACCCCAGUCUCUGACCUCUCCUCUCCUCUUGACUUAGGUCCUGCCAGGGGUCCUCCCACAUCUGGAGCCCCGCCAGUCUCAGCGCCUCAACAAUAUAAUCAGUACAGUCACAGUCAAGGGGACAUGCCAAAUGGACCCCCACCUAUGACACAAGCACCAAACAGGCAUCCUGUGUCUCAGCCGUACAGCCAGGGAGCUGUGAACAUGACAGGGUCGCAAUCCAGCUAUCCUCAACACCAUGGGCCUCCACCCACAAUGCAUCAGGUCACCAACCAGAUGACUGGGAUGCAGAUCAACUCUGGACCGCCAACCCCAGCAGGACCAGGAUAUGCUCCACCUCACUCCUCCCAGCUUCCCAUCAGUACCGCCUACUCUGCCGCACCUUCGCCCGCCUACACACAAGCCCCUCCCCCGGCGUCCUCGGCUCCCACCCAGCCGCCACCCCCCAGCGGCCCUGCAACUUCUCAGCAAUACUACGGAGGCCCAAUGCCCCCUUCUCAACAGCCAUUCAACUCUUCUGUUCCCCCUGCCGCUCAACAGCCGUUCACCUCCUCUGCACAGCCCCCUCCUCCCUCUCAACAAAACUUCCCUCCCUCUUCCUUCUCAGGUCCCGUGCCUCCACCAAGCCAAGCUCCUGCUCCUCCAGUGUCCCCACCACAGCAGUCCUUCCCCCCAACCCAGCCCCACUUCGCCUCAGCACCUCCACCUUCCAGCCAGCCUGCCUUCAUCUCUGGUCCGCCUCCCCAUGCCCAGGGCUCCUUCCAACCCAGGGCACCCCCUCCUUCCUCUCAACCCGGACCUUUUCCUCCCCCUGGUCCCCCUUCCACUUUCAGUCCCCCUGGCCAAUACCCAGGCCCCAUGCCUCCUCAACAGCAACCUCCUCCAUCCCAGCCAUCACCUUAUCACUCAGGACCGUCUCCUCCCAGAGCUCAGAUGCCUCCAACUUCCAUGGCUCAAAGCAACCACCUGCCUCCAGGACCACAGGGCCAGCAGUGCCCUCCUGGGCCCCAGCAGCAGCCUCCAUCUCAGCCUGGUAUGCAGGGUGGAUACCCUCCUCAGCAGAAUGGUGCUUUUGGGCAGGUGAGAGGCCCUCAGCCUGGCUAUGCAGGCCCUUAUCCUGGGCAACCAAACUAUGGAGCCCCUGCACCAGCACCAGCACCAGCUCCUGCUCCAGCUGCACAGAAAAGACUUGACCCAGAUUCCAUUCCUAGCCCGAUCCAGGUAAUAGAGGAUGACAGGGCUAAGAGCACCGAGCCAUUCACUACAGGGGUCAGAGGUCAGGCCCCACCGCUGGUCACCACCAACUUUCAGGUCAAAGACCAAGGGAGUGCCAGUCCCAGGUUUAUUCGCUGUACAGCGUACAAUAUGCCUUGCACAGCCGAUAUGGCCAAGCAGUCUCAAGUGCCCCUGGCCGCUGUCAUCAAGCCCCUCGCCACACUGCCACCAGAUGAGACCCCACCGUACCUGGUGGACCAUGGCGAAGGUGGUCCAAUCCGCUGCAACCGCUGCAAGGCCUACAUGUGUCCAUACAUGCAGUUCAUAGAGGGCGGGCGCCGCUUCCAGUGUGGGUUUUGUAGCUGUGUCACAGACGUGCCUCAACAUUACUUCCAGCAUCUGGACCACACUGGUAAGAGGGUGGACUGCUAUGACAGGCCGGAGCUUUCGCUGGGCAGCUACGAGUUCCUGGCCACUGUCGACUACUGUAAGAACAAUAAGCUCCCUCAGCCUCCAGCCUACAUCUUCCUCAUCGAUGUGUCCUACAACGCUGUGAAGAGCGGCAUGGUCAACAUCGUCUGCCAGGAACUCAAGACCCUUCUCGACUACCUGCCCAGGGAGAACCCAGAAACGGAUUCUGUGGUGCGGGUGGGUUUCGUCACCUACAACAAGGUUUUGCACUUCUACAACGUCAAGUCGAGCCUGGCCCAGCCACAGAUGUUGGUGGUGUCCGAUGUGUCGGACAUGUUUGUGCCCCUGCUCGAUGGUUUCCUGGUCAACGUGACCGAAAGCCGGCUAGUUAUCGAGAGUUUACUGGACCAGAUCCCAGAGAUGUUUGCAGACACCAGGGAGACGGAGACAGUCUUUGGACCUGUAAUCCAGGCAGGACUGGAGGCACUGAAGGCUGCAGAUUGUGCUGGAAAGCUGUUUGUGUUCCACACCUCUCUGCCAAUCGCAGAGGCUCCUGGAAAAUUAAAGAACAGAGAAGACAAGAAGCUGAUUGGGACGGAUAAGGAGAAGUCUCUGUUUCAGCCCCAGGCCGGCUUCUACAACACCCUCGCCAAGGAGUGUGUGGCCCAGGGCUGCUGCGUAGAUCUCUUCCUCUUCCCCAACACGUUUGUGGAUGUUGCCACGUUAGCAGUUGUUCCCGUCUCCACCGGAGGUUCAGUCUACAAAUACACUUACUUCCAGGCUCCAUCUGAUCAAGAACGAUUCCUGAAUGACCUCAGGCGAGACGUUCAGAAACUAGUAGGGUUUGAUGCCGUCAUGAGGGUGCGAACCAGCACAGGUAUCAGAGCGACAGAUUUCUACGGCUCCUUCUUCAUGAGUAAUACCACAGAUGUGGAGCUGGCAGGCCUGGACUGUGACAAGGCCGUCACUGUCGAGUUCAAACACGAUGACAAGCUCAGCGAGGAGACAGGAGCACUCAUGCAGUGUGCCGUGCUGUACACCAGCUGCAGCGGACAAAGGCGUCUCCGCGUCCACAACAUGGCUGUCAACUGUUGCUCUCAGCUGGCUGACCUCUACCGAAACUGUGAGACGGACACAAUCAUCAACUUCUUCUCCAAAUAUGCUUUCCGGGGUGUCCUGACCAACCAAACUAAGGCGGUGAGAGACACUCUGAUCAAUCAGUGUGCCCAGAUUCUGGCCUGCUACCGGAAGAACUGUGCAAGCCCGUCAUCGGCUGGUCAGCUGAUCCUCCCAGAGUGCAUGAAGCUGUUACCCGUCUAUCUGAACUGCGUGCUGAAGAGCGACGUGCUGCUGCCGGGAGCCGACGUCUCGUUGGACGACCGGGCUUACCUGAGGCAGCUGAUCAGCGGCAUGGACGUCUCAGAGACCCACGUCUUUUUCUACCCCCGCCUACUGCCACUGAUUAAGCUUGAAAGCGAGUCGUUGCCGAUGGCCGUGAGGGACUCGGAGGAGAGGCUGUCGAAAGGAGGAGUAUACAUCCUGGAGACGGGGCUCCACCUCUUCCUGUGGGUGGGAGCCAGCGUUCAGCAGGAGCUGCUGCUCAACAUCUUUGGCACGCCGAGCUUCAGCCAGAUCGACCCGAGCAUGGCAAAUCUACCAGAGCUGGACAACCCGUUCUCUCAAAGACUCCGGGAAAUUAUUGAGUCCUUCAGAGCACAGCGACCGCGAUACAUGAAGCUGAUGGUGGUGAAACAGGAAGACAAAGCCGAGCUGAUAUUCAGGCACUUCCUGGUCGAGGACAAGAGCGCCAGCGGGGGAGCGUCAUACGUGGACUUCUUGUGUCACAUGCACAAGGAGAUCCGCCAGCUUCUCAGCUAGGCGCGCCCCCACCCCCACCCCCUCAGAGUUCACCCUUAUGACCCCCCCCCGACCACCGCUGACCCAACCCACCUGGUUCACCACUCCUCAUGAAAGAAAGAAAGCGCUCUAUCAUCUUCUUUUUUUUUAAAGCCUAACAAACUAAAGCUCUCGUUGCUGUUUGCCACAGACCAGCUGGCGGAUCUCAUCAUCUGAGGGUGUGUGUGAGUGUGAGUGUGUGUGCGUGUGGGGGGUGGGAGAGAGAGAGAGAGAAGGGGAGGAUGUGAUGUCAAUAGAGGUUUUCUCUGCCUGUAAUCUACUGCCCUAACACAGCAGGAGCAGAAUAAGUGAGGAGGGAGGGGAAUGUAUAUACACAAGUGAACAAUUACAUGUAUGCAACAGAUUAAAUGAGCGAUGGAGGGGGCUGAUGUUGACUGUAGUCGGUGUACUGUCUUAUUAUUAGCACUGAAAGGCUGUUUUUGGGUGCAUAAAUGACCCUUCGAUAGCAAACACUUUUUAUAUGAUUGAAUCAAAAUAGAGUGAAGGACAUCUACAUACAAGACAUAAAUGGAAUUACAUAUUAAAUGCUGUUCUUUCUGUCUCUUCUCCCAUUUAAUCAUGGCCUUAGCACCCCCUCCCCAUGCUCCUCCAAUCAUCAUGUUUGUUUGUUUCCAGAUGUGAGGAUUAGUUGACCGCUGCCCGAUUCUUAUUUCCCGAUGUGGCCCAAGGUUCAAGCGUGAAUUUAAGCACCUAGAUGAACAGCUGGCAAGUUUUCACCUGCAUCUAGAAUAUAAUCUGCUCUGUGUCGACUGAUCCACUGAAAAAUAAGGUGCACUGAAAACACAGUCAUUACGGUAAUUCGUAUAAUGCAGAUUUGUUUGAAAUCGGCCUCGGUUGAGUUUUCUUAGUUGGCACAAACAUCUGCCCCCCCCUGUUUACUCACGGGCAAACCAGAUGUGUUUUUCAAAUCACAGUAAUGAUUCUGUUGGGAGAGUUUUAAGUCUAUGCAGCAUCGGGAAAGGUCAGAGAUGGAAUAAAGGACAAACGAAUAAAUGAGAGAAAAAAGUGAGGAUGUGAAGUUUUGAUCUCAGACUGACGACGAUGGAGAAUCCUCUGCCUGAGGAUAAUACUGUCUGUUGAUGGUAUGUAGUGCGGCAGACUAGAUUAAUGAAGAGUUUUGAUGUCCUAAAAUGUAUAGCAAUGCAUUUUCAAGCCGACAGAAAUAAACAGAGGGAAGGCUGAUAAACAGACAUGAGAUCAUGUUUGCAAACUUUAAGUUGUCUCCGCAUUGGCUGAGUUCAGUGUGUAAAUAAAAUAUAUAAUCUGUACAGAAUUAAUAAGAAAAUAACAAUUUUAAAGACCUGCCUGAGCAGAUGUGGUUUGUUGAUGGUUGGUUUCCCUGUCAUAAAAAUGGCCUAAAUUUAAAAUCAUGGCUUUUAUCGGAGAAAUAAAGACUGGCUUUGUGAUCUGUGUGUGUGUGCGUUUGUGUGUGUUUGCAAGAGAGGGAGCGUGUGUGAGAGUGAAUGCAGGUUUGGUCCUGGUGAAUUUCUUCUGAGGAACAGAGGGAUCAUCCAACACACACACACACAAUCUACCCAGGAGAUUAAUUUCAGUGUUCUUCAUUUAUCACUUUCUGUUCUAAUUUUUUUCUUUUACUUUGACUUUCGUGUUCAUUUGGUGUGUGUGUGUCGCCCUCUGUUCCAUCUUUACGUUCACUGAGUUUGACCCAUUGUCUCGACUGUAAUCUUAAUUUCUUCUCCUUUUUGUCUUGAUUUGUUUUUUUCAUUCUUGGGACUGCUAAUAAAAUGAGGUUAAAACGAAACUCCA